AUGUCUGAACCCAUUCGAGAGUCCAUUCCCACCUCUGCAGACCCCCGAAGCAAGCGCCCGACUAAAAGACGCGCCUUAAGUCCUGCCAGUAAACAAGCAUCUCAGGUCGAAGCACUAUUCGCCAAACCAGACCGCGAUAUACGCAUACCAGAUGGAACCGUGAGCAACAAACAUAGCCUUCCACCUCCUCCGGAGAUUGUCGCAAACGUACAAGGUUCGUCUGCGGGCGCCGGGUCGGGAGAGUUCCACGUCUACAAAGCAAGCAGGCGGCGCGAAUAUGAGCGGAUUAGGACUAUGGAAGAGGAGGUAAGAAAGACCCAAGAGGACUUGGACUUCCAACGAACACGAGAGGAGAGGGCGAAGCAGGACGCUGCCAAGACCGACAAGAACAGAAAGAGGAGAGAGAAAGAAAAGGCGAGGAAGCAGCAGCAGAAGAAUAAGAAGGGCAAUGGUGAAUCUCGAAAUGGAAGUGCUAUUCCUCAAGAGGAUGGCGAGACGAGCAAGCAUAGCGGCAUUCAACUGAAGUCGGACACGAAGCUUGCGACACCUGGAAUGAUACCGUCAAAAAACCAUAGCGACGCGACCGAUGAUACUCCUGGCGAUUUAGCGGAAGGUGCACAGCCAGUUGGCAUCAUCAUCCACGAUGAAGAUUGA